AGGCAGGGGAGUGCUUUGAUAAGGACAUUUCGGCCGGGGCAUUGGAGCAGUAAUUAAAGGGAUAGACAAGGCAGGCCUCCCAAGGAAAGUGAUACUACAGGGUGGCCCUAGAGUGACUUUCAGGUACAGCUUUAUACCAGAAUAUGAGCCUUGAGGCUCCAGGUGGCAGAGAACACACAGAGAGCCCAGUCAAGUGACAGACAGCCCCACAGGGGUCUGUGAGCAGCCAGUCCAGACUUCCAGCAGAGGCUCAGAGCACAGAGGUUGGGCCCAUGCGUGUGGAAGAGAGCACUUGAUGGGCACCUUGGAAACAGGCUAGCAUGCCUUCCCAGCAAGAGACAGGCAGCCCUCCAUGACAGUGACAGGACAGUGUUCUGGUUCACACAGGCUGAGAAGGAGCAGAAAUCUCUGACUCUCAGUUCUGGAGCUCUUUCAGGAAACCCAAAGCAAGGUGCUAGCUGGAAAGGCAUUUGGGGACAUUCUGCACUUCAGCAACCCCAGAUGUCACUCAAAAUCAAUACACCUCUCUCCUCAGCGACCACUACCACCACCAUCAAGGACCAAACCUUAGGCUUGCUGUGCCCUUCUGGACCUCUUUUCCAAGGGUGUUAAUCCUGUUCAUGGAGCCCUGCCCUGCCCUAGCCCCCUCCCCAAGGCCUUUCCAUCUGAUACAUAGGCUUGAAUAGGUGCCAACCUAUGAACCCUGGCAGCAGACAAUCCUCAGACCACACAGAGGAGUGACGGCUGUGCUUUAUUUAGCAUGCACUGUGCAUUGACUAUGGGAUCCCUUUUCUAACUUUAAUCGUUAUCGGGUAAUGGUGGUUGUUAGCCCCAUAGGACAGAAGAAACAGUCAGUGGGGCGAUGUAACUUGGCCAAGGACACAAACAGACAUACAGACCAUGAGAAUUACAUACAGGCCAGACAGGCCGGUGGGCUCAGGGUACUCAGAACUGGAACAGAGAGGUAUGUGCAAAAGCCAGUGGCAAAGCAAAACUGGCUGGAUGUGGGGCCAGUGCAGAGACAUCGAGGGAGAGCAUGGCUCCUGGGCAAGCCCAGCCACAGAGCCCAGGCUCCCACACGGAACACAAACCACGCUCUUUGUGCUUUCAUUGAGAAUUUUAAGACGUGAUACAGUAUUACGUCCAGCUUAGUGGAAACACUUGAAAUGAUUUCUGAAGCCGAAUGGCAAGAGGUAGUUUGGCCUUCACCUGGCUCUCUGGAGCUGUGUGCCUCGGUAUCCUUCAGUGGCCUCAUGGGAAACCUCAAUACCUGAAGUUGCUAUGCUGGUGACAUCUCUGAAGAGACCUAGGGAAGGUCAGCGGCUAACACAUGAGAGAGAAAGUCCUCAAAUAAAAUCAGACCAACCGUCAUGACGCCGUGGGAAAGACAGGAGCAGGAGGCCUCAAGGAACACCCACACUCCUGACCUGAGAGGUGAUAGCUGUUACUGUGUUUAAAGCCACCAAGCACUGGGGUCCCUUGUGGGUGCUGAAUGAAUGGAGAGGCAGAGUUGGUUGGCAACAGUGCUCCGGACAGAGAAUGUGGCAUGUCCUUAUAUGCAAAGCCCUCAGAAAAAGGAUAUUGUCACAGGUAGUGCGACUGAUAGGUAGCCAUCCCAACGUGUCCCCUGGAGACCCAGCUCUUCUAUUGGUCUUGCCGAUGUUCUUCUGUGAAGUAUGACUGUCUCCUCUUUCUGCUGAGAGCUGUUAGCAUAGCCCUGUGUCUAUUCAACAAUCCCUGUUCAGAAGUGAAGUCACGUUUCAUCCAUUCAUUUGUUCCCUCCAUCAUUAAAGGUGUCUCCUGUGAAGAAGGCUCCCCACCAUUGCCUGGAGUCCACACCACAACCCACAGGGGGUGUAAACACUAUUUCCUGUGUCGGCUUCAGACAGGCUGGGGCGCCGGAGGGUCUUGCCCACUGCCAGGGCUAAGAAGCAGAGAAUGGUGGGACUGCCAGGGGGAUGGGGCAUAGAGGGGAAGGUAAUGGCCGCUGAGCCUGCCCUCUUCUCUAUCCCUGGCCCCAUCCGGUGCAAGGCCUUUGAGCAAACAACUCAAUUGCUCUGGGCCAGGUUUUGUUUUCUCUGUGGUAAAAUAGAGAGGAAUCCUGCGGGGCUCGUUGGGGUCAAGAAGUGUGUCAUGACCAUAGCUGCCCUUUAGUCUACAUUCCUGUGUGUCAGGUACAGGGCACACAGGAGGCUGGUGUGAAUUCAUGGGCCUCCUCCUCCAUGGAGCCAUCUGCAGUCAAGGAGACCAAGGCAGAGGUGGCCCGCUGAGCUCUGACCGGCAGGCAGGCAUCUUGAAUCUGUUCUUCGUGCCAGAGCCUCACACCUGGCCCAGGGCUCAGGCUCCAGUAAGCUCUUAUUCAUUCAUUCAUUCACUCUUCAUUCAUUCAUUCAUUCAUUCAUUUAUCAGGAGUUCAAAAUACGAAAGAGAAGAAACACUACCAUGAAGAUGGGCUGCCUGCACCCUGAAGGGCAGAACCCAAAGGCAGCCCACUCAGCAUGGCUACCAGCCCCCAGUGACCACGGCCCCCGGUGACCACGGCCCCGGGGACAAAGCCCUGCACUCUCAGGCUUUCCUUGCUGUAUCCAGAGGAGGGAGAAACACAAGCAAAUGGUGACACCAGGCCUCCCUCGCGCGUCCCUGAACGGCAUGGCCUGACUCAAUUACGUUCAUGCUCUGUGAAGUCGGUACUGGCAUUUUUCUUGCUCAAGAAGAAGCCAAGGCACAGAGCUGAAAUGACUUGGUGACAGCCACACAGCUGGGAACCGGUAGAGCUAGAUUUUGAACAGUAAACUGAAAAUUCCUCCAGUCCCUGAGCCAGGACUUCCAGCAUGCAUUCCUCCAACAAGAGCUGGGCUCGGCUCCGUGUUUGCAGCAGGAGUGUGAGAUUUAGGGCCAGCCACCUCUGAUUCUAGGGGUACUGGCCAGGAUACUCCCCAGCCCAAGACUUACCACCCAGAACAGGAAGUCCUGGGACAGCCUACCCAGGAGACUUCUGAUUCCCGGCGCCACCACGAAGCCAGAGCCACCACAGGGCAGAAUGCCCCCGCCCCAGGCCCCAAGGGAGAGGAGAGGCCAGGAGCCAAUUGUGCUGGGCACCCACAGGACUCUCCUCCAGCCUUGGAAGGCUUUCUGUCUCCAGGCUGCUUCUCUAGCCUCGCCUUGCUCCCUCCCUCCCCAGGCUGCUCUGGGGGUCACCACCCGUGUUCCAAGCCUAACUUGGAACCAGAGGGAGAAGGUGGAGGGGCCGAAACUUGAGAACCAGGCUUUGGGGGACAGGGGUGGGGGUGGAGAGAAGAGAAAGCUGGGGAGAGGAGAGGAAGAAGGUUCAGAGGCUUCCCAUUUGGGAGGGAGCCUUGCAUGAGCUGUGGUCCAGCGCGUGCAUGUGUGCGUGUGCGUGUGCGUGUGCGUGCGUGCGUGCGUGCGUGUGUGCGUGCGUGUGUGUGUGUGUGUGUGUGUGUGUGUGUGUGUGUGUGUGUGUGUGUGUGUGUAAGGGUGGCCUCAAGCCUGGCCAGGGAGGACAGGCCCCACAGCACAAUCAAAGCCUCGGAGGCAGAAGGAAGAGGCAGGAAGGGACAGAGAGGACAGAGGUGCCUGAGGGGUGGGGGGGUGGGAGCAGGAGGCGAGGCCUCACAGGGGAAGCCAGCAGCUGUGGCUGCGCCGAGUAUAAAUAGCCCAGAGGAGCUGGCCCUCAGGACUUACAACGGUAGGACUCUGAAGCCACAGUCUGUCUUCACAGGCCCCAGCUGCUCAGCACAUCUGGGCUGACUGUGGGUGGGUACCCACCCCAGUACCUCUGACGAGAUCACCUCGCCACCUCUUGUUCUCAGAUGCUCUGCCAACCAGCCAUGCUGCUAGGUGGCCUCCUCCUGCUGGCCACCAUGGCUGCAGCCCAGCAGAGAGGGCCAGCACCCAGUGGGCGCCGCCAGAUUCACCGGGUCCAACACGGCCAGUGCAGCUACACCUUUGUGCUGCCGGAACCCGAUAUCUGCCAGCUGGGGCCUGCGGUACCUGAGGCUUUGGGGGGCCCCAACAGCCUCCAGAGGGACUUGCCUGCCUCCAGGCUGCCCCUGGCAGACUUGCGAGCCCAGCGGGCCCAGCGUGUGAGCCAGCUGGAGAAGAUACUAGAGAAUAACACCCAGUGGCUGCUGAAGCUGGAGCAGUCCAUCCGGAGGAACUUGAGGUCAAACCUGGCACAGACCCAGCAGCACACAGCCCAGAAUGAGACAGCCACCAUGCUGGCACUGGGCACCACCCUCAUGAACCAGACCAUGGCUCAGACCGACAAGCUGACUGCUAUGGAGGCACAGGUCCUCAACCAGACAUCACACAUGAAGAUCCAAAUGCUGGGGAGCUCACUGUCCACCAACAAGCUGGAGAGACAGAUGCUGAUGCAGAGCCACGAGCUGCAGAGGCUGCAGAGUCGCAACAGGGCACUGGAGAGCAGGCUGCAGGCUUUGGAAGCACAGCACCAGGCCCAGAUGAACAGCCUCCAGGACAAGAGGGAACAGCUGCAGAGCCUCCUGGGCCACCAGACUGGAGCCCUGACUAGCCUGAAGCAGAAUCUGCAGGCCCUCAGCAGCAAUUCCAGCUCCCUGCAGCAACAGCAACAGCAGCUGAUGGAGUUGGUCCAGCGGCUGGUUCGCAUUGUAGCCCAGGACCAGCGCCCUGUCUCCUUUAAGAUACCUAAGCAGCUGCUCCAGGACUGUGCAGAGAUCAAGCGCUCCGGAGCCAACACCAGCGGCGUCUACACCAUCCGUGUGGCCAACAUGACAAGGCCUCUCAAGGUGUUCUGUGACAUGGAGACUGACGGAGGUGGUUGGACUCUCAUCCAGCGCAGGCAGGAUGGAAGCAUGAGUUUCCAGAGGACUUGGGAGGAAUACAAAGAGGGUUUUGGUAAUGUGGCUAGAGAACAUUGGCUGGGCAACGAGGCUGUGCACCACCUCACCAGCAGGACGGCCUAUUUGCUGCGUGUGGAGCUGCAGGACUGGGAAGGCCGCCAGACCUCCAUCCAGUAUGAGCACUUCCAGCUGGGCAAUGAGAGGCAGCGGUACAGCCUCUCUGUGAACGCUAGCAGCAGCUCAAUGGGGCUCAAGAACAGCCUGGCUCCACGCGGCACCAAGUUCAGCACCAGCGACAUGGACAAUGAUAACUGCAUGUGCAAAUGUGCUCAAAUGAUGUCUGGAGGCUGGUGGUUUGACGCCUGUGGCCUCUCCAACCUCAACGGCAUCUACUAUCCAGUUCAUCAACACUUGCACAAGAUCAAUGGCAUCCGCUGGCACUACUUCCGAGGCCCCAGCUACUCACUGCAUGGCACACGCAUGAUGCUGCGGCCAAUGGGUGCCUGACACACAGCCCUACAGAGACUGAUGCCAUAGGAGGAUUCUCAAACCAGAUGGCUCUGUGCAAGUGGGCCCCACCCAGAAAUCAGUGCCCAGGGCUCAUCCUUGACAUUCUAGGACACCAGAGACAGCUUACCUUGCCCCCAAAUUACAAAGAGUCACCUGCCUCCCUGUGUCUGUCCAUUGUGAAAUGCUGGGUGCUUGAGGCACGGCCUCUGUAGUACCUACACUCUUCCUCCUCCUGCCAAAUGCAGGGAUGCCUUGCCAUGACCUGAGGCAGACUGAACUUGACACCUCAGAAGGUGGGGUUGCAGCAGGUGGGAGAAGCUUGCAGACAGGGGGUGCCCUCCUCCAGGGGAGGCUGAGAGUCUAUUCUCCUCCAAUUCCAAGUCUCCCCAGCCUUGAGAUCACAGUAGACUCUCUUUCCAAGGGGACUAGGGUUUGCUUUCCAGGACAUACAAGGCAGUUCACAACUCUCUGUAACUCCAGUUCCAGGGAAUCCACCGCCUUGCCCUCUUCCAGACUCAAGGA